AGGAGGCCUGGCCACGACCCGGGCCGCGAGCUGAGGAGCCGCUUGGUCGCCCGCGCGCGCCUCAGACGGCGCCCCCCGACCUGGCUCCUCGCCCGCCGGCCCCGGCUCUCGGGAAGCGGGAGUGGCUUCAAGAUGGACGAAGGCGGCGGCGAGGGCGGUGGCGUGCCUGAAGACCUCUCAUUAGAAGAGAGAGAAGAACUUUUGGACAUUCGUCGAAGAAAAAAGGAACUUAUUGAUGACAUUGAGAGGCUGAAAUACGAAAUUGCAGAAGUGAUGACAGAGAUCGAUAACCUAACUUCAGUGGAGGAGAGCAAAACUACUCAGAGGAACAAGCAAAUAGCCAUGGGAAGAAAGAAAUUCAACAUGGACCCCAAAAAGGGAAUUCAGUUUCUAAUAGAAAAUGACCUGCUCCAGAGUUCCCCAGAAGACGUUUCCCAGUUCCUCUAUAAAGGAGAAGGCCUGAAUAAGACUGUCAUUGGGGACUACCUGGGUGAGAGGGAUGAAUUUAAUAUCAAAGUUCUUCAAGCUUUUGUCGAACUCCAUGAGUUUGCUGAUCUCAACCUCGUACAAGCCUUAAGGCAGUUUCUCUGGAGCUUCAGAUUGCCUGGAGAGGCUCAGAAGAUAGAUCGCAUGAUGGAGGCCUUUGCUUCACGCUACUGCCUGUGCAACCCAGGUGUCUUCCAGUCUACAGACACAUGUUAUGUGUUGUCGUUUGCCAUCAUCAUGCUCAACACCAGCCUGCACAACCACAACGUACGUGACAAGCCCACUGUGGAGCGGUUCAUCGCCAUGAACCGUGGCAUCAACGAGGGGGGAGACCUCCCUGAGGAGCUGCUGAGGAACUUAUAUGAAAGUAUUAAGAAUGAACCAUUUAAAAUCCCAGAGGAUGAUGGGAACGACCUGACACACACGUUCUUUAACCCGGACCGGGAAGGCUGGCUCCUGAAGCUGGGAGGGCGUGUGAAGACCUGGAAGCGGCGCUGGUUCAUCCUGACUGACAACUGCCUCUACUACUUUGAGUACACCACAGACAAGGAGCCUAGAGGUAUCAUCCCACUGGAAAACCUCAGCAUCAGAGAGGUGGAAGACCCACGGAAACCUAAUUGCUUUGAGCUUUACAAUCCCAGCCACAAAGGGCAGGUCAUCAAAGCCUGCAAGACAGAGGCUGAUGGCCGGGUGGUGGAGGGGAAUCACGUGGUGUAUCGCAUCUCCGCCCCGAGCCCUGAGGAGAAGGAGGAGUGGAUGAAAUCCAUCAAAGCAAGCAUCAGUAGGGAUCCUUUCUAUGACAUGUUGGCAACGAGGAAAAGGAGGAUUGCCAAUAAGAAAUAGAGCUGUCCUGUGCCAGCAGGUAAACUAAGGACCCAAACCCCGCAGCAGAUGUGACCGCUGGCCACCCCAACACGACACAGGGGAGGCACCUCCUCAGGCGGCACUGGUCCCCAGAACCAGCUGUGGCCCCAGCUGCACACCCUGACUCCUGUGCUGUGUGGCCUGGAUCAUGGUCAGCUGUGUUUCCUCCUGUUGCCCCCUGCCUUCAGAAGCAGUGGAGGGAGAUUCCCUGUGGGCAUCCGCUGGUCUCCCACUCGCCUGCCCACUCAGGCAGUGACAGUUGACCGUUCUAGAUGCUGCUGUUUUAUAUCAAAAUUGGAAUGGAAAACUACCAUUUUUUUAAAUUGAGAAUUUUUCUCAGAUAUAUAGGAUUAUAACUUUUAUAUGCCUUUUUAUAUCCUGAAAUUAUAAUGAAAGAUACUUUCUAACAGUAGUAUUUUUAGAAUGGCAGCUAUAAAUAUAACUCCUGGACACAAGUAUAUACUGUGCACCGAAAAAAAUAUAUAUGCAGCACCCAAAGGGAGGGCUGUGGGGCACUUGCACUUGGGUGGGAGCUACAGGGGGUGCCAUAGGGGAGGCCUAAUGCCCUUGAGGACCGGUACACUUGGGGGCUCCAGGUGUAAACCCUGAAACCCCCUCUCAGACUUUUUGGCCCUAUAAAUAUUUUCUAAAACCAAUCAUUAAGAUAUGGUUAUGGUUUGGGGCUGUUUGUCCUAUAACUGCUGAACCCUAGGAAAUGGGCCUCUUUCCCUGGGCAGAUCAUCCACAGGUUGGACCACAAGAAAUUGCUCUGACCAUUUCUGGCCCACACAAACAGAGUUCUACCUGCUUCCACGGAAUACAUCCAUUGCUACUUAGAAUCUUCAGCAAUGUGCUUAUCUCAGUGACAUAAUCAGAUUUCUUAACGAGUGGGUAGACAUAAUACUCCAUUGUCUUCCUCUUACAGUGCUGUGUUCUCAGGCCUGAGCUACCCUUUGAGGAGGGUGAGAGCAUGCCAUAGUUCAAGGUGUGUGGCACUUAGGGUUUUCUCUGAAUAGUUGACAUACAGCAGAGGGAUUGAUGGCCCACCAUUGAGACUGUCAGAGCUGGACAAGGACUGUGUGACAGUCCCCCUCCUGGGGAGCUUUGUUUGUUAAACCUGGGCCCUCUUCAGCUCCUUACAUGGCUGUCCUCUGGGCAGGUCCUUGGAAUACAAAGGCCCUUGUAUUCUAGGUCCCUUGUCCAGGAAUGAAAACCUGACUGAAUGCAGUUGUUUUGUUCUAAAUAGCAGAAAUAAGUCUUCCCAUGAGCUGCCUUGAGGCGGAGACUGUGCAGCCAUGGGCCCUUUGCCUCUAUGUGGCUGACCUCAGUGCAGAGGGUCCGAGGCUGAAACUCCCCGUCAUGCAUUACACUGACAUUUUGAUUUAUUGCCAAGCUUCUAUGCUGUUACCUUACUGAUACCUCAGAUCUGAAACUUUAGUGUUUGAGCAAGGCAAGUCAGCCCCUGACGUGCCUGGUGUGUAUGCAGCUUGCCCUGCACCCCCACACCCCUGCGGAGCACGAGUGCUGCCCUCACCUGGCCCAACCAUGAUGCCUCCACGCUGCGGGCCACCCUUGGGCCAGCCUGCCAGGGACUUCGGCAGUGUUGGGUCAGCAUUUCAUACGGGGCAAGCUGCUUCCUCUCUCCCGAGUGUCUAACCCAGGCUCGGCCCUGGGGAUAUGGCACUGUUUAGGGUGUUGAGGCGAGCAUGGGGUCACCUUCUGGUGACUCGCUCAUCGCCACAGCCGCCUGUGAGCCAGCUCUGCCCAAUGCCUGUUCACCCAGGAUCAUGGAGAAGGCCCUGGUGCUCAGAAUCUUAAGUACCUUGCCCUAUCGAAAGUAUUGCAUGAAGUCACCUAAUCCCAGGUUUUCUUGUGACAGUAUUAACGCUAAGGCGUCUGCCAUCAUGUGUACCUGGCCUCCACCAGGCUGCCUGGAAGUGGGACCUUCCCACUCCAGGGCGGUGAGGCUGUCAUGCUCAUUGCCUCCCCACCCAAGGGCCUGCACUCAGUCCUGAGUUACCGGUCCCAACUGUGGCCAAAGACAAAGUUUCCUCCAGAGACCAAGGGCAGUGGGCAGUUCUGAGGAGGAGCGCUGGGCGGGAGAAGGCAGCACCAUGGCCCCUCCAGCUGUCUUUCUGGGCCCAGUUAUCAUUUGAGACUUAUUUGGACUGAGCCUGGACCCUCACAAGCCACCGUUACCUAGAGGGUCCUGAAACACUUUCAAGUAGUUUAAUGUGGCACCAAAUGGAAUCAAAGCAAGAGCUGUUAAUAGAUGAAGCAGCAUUUAAUGCUUCAUAUAAAGCAAUGCCUGUUUUCAAACUUACAAGGGCAUAUUAUCUACAGAUGUGCUUUGCUGCAAAGUUAGGUCUAUUACAGACCAGAAACCCCAAAUUGUGAUUUCUCAUCUUAUUUUUUCCUUAGAAAACAUUUCUAUUUACCUAUAGUUCAUAUGUAAAUAGUGUACAUAUAUUGCUUUCUGGAGUGUUUUGUUAUUCAAUGUAUAUACAUCCUGUAACUUGCAUGAAUAUUCUAUUUAUCAAAAGUAAACAGUAAAACUGAAGGGUGUAUGGCUGUUAAAACUUGUGAAUAUUGUCUUCACUAAAUAAAAAUCACAUACAUUGUUAAAA